AUGAGCGACAAGAAGGAGAUUCCGUCCGAGUACCGCAUCUCGGAGAAGUGGGACAAGUGUCUCGAGAACUUUGCGCUCUACUUCGGCACUGGCCUCGUCGCUGGCGGCCUCACGUCCCUCGUCUUGGCCCGUUCAGGUGCUGGGCGUGGACUGGUGACGGGCCUGGGCGCGGGGGCAGGAGCUGGCUCGAGCUGGACCACGUGUCAGAUGGCGUUUGCUGGCCACGACGAGGCGAAGGCUGCUCUGAACAAGGCGGACAAGACGGUGGGGGACUUGAAAGACAAGCUCUCGGGCUCGAACUGA